AGAGAGCGCGAGAGAGUGAAAGAGAAGGAGGAGUGACUGAAAGGGAAAGAAAAGAGGGAAGAAAGAGACUCAUUAAGACGAGUUGUUCUCAGCACUCGUUCCGCUACACGGGCUCUCUCUUUCUUUCUCACACAUACAAAUACACACACACAUACACCACACACGCACACUCAAAAACACAAAGCAGAAGUGGACAAAGACACACAGUUUCAGUCGCGGCGGUUGGCUAUGGCUCAGGGAUCUGACAGCAAUGACACAAGCUACAAGUCCCCAUCACCUGGAAGCAGGCCGAGCUCCUCAGAUGACGCAAAGAAGGUGAUGAGGAGAGAGAAGAACCGGAUCGCUGCUCAGAAGAGCAGGAUGAGACAAACCCAGAAAGCUGACAGCCUACAUUUGGAGAGUGAGAACCUAGAGAAAGAGAAUGCUGCCCUGAGAAAGGAGGUGAAGCAGCUGACGGAGGAGGCCAAGUAUCUGACGUCCAUGCUGAGCAGCCACGAGUCAGUGUGCACCAGCCUGGCUCCUCAAACCCCCUCAGAGCACCUGUACCCUCACGGCAGCUACCACCACCAGCACAUCACUGUACCACACUACCAGCACUGAUCUGACCCAGGACCUGCUGCGAACAGACGACUGACCUCAACGGAGAGAAAGAGAGACUGAGUGGAGAUGUGUCUUUACAUGUAAAUCAUUGUUCAAUAUGUCUGCCAGUCAACGAUGGUGUGAAGCCCAAACCAGAACAUGCAGUAUUCAAGAGUAUUUAUUUUGCUUCUGCUCAUGCCUUUGCUUUUAUCUGUUUGAUAUCAGUAUGUGAACUUGUAGAAUUAUCUACCAGUCUAUGUUUACAUUUGGAGAAAGAAAAAAACAAACCUACUGUACGGAACUGAAGAUAGUAUUUUUGUAAAUUGCUUUGUUUCCAUGUGACUGAGGGCACUUCUGUCAUUGUGACAUAUUUUGAACCUCUCAUGUUUGUUAAUGUGUUUUAGUGUGUAAAUGUAGAUGGUUAACGCUCAGGAGCUUUUGACAGUAUUGAUUGUGGACUAAGAGAAUGUAACGUCAAGAUCCUUUUUUUUUUCCUUUUUCUUUUUAAAAAAGAGGCUCAAAUGUACCAAAAAGGGGGAGAUAAUGGGCAUUGAACGGGUCUUGACUUGAGUACUGGGGAUGAUAUUGAUAUGUGAGAAGAACCAGCAAAGAUAUUUAUUAAAUUUGAUGCCUUUUACUGAA